AUGGGAGAUGAGGAGCCAGCUUCACUUGAUGGCCAAUUCUUUGAGUUCGCAAAACUGAUGGAUAAGAAGCGAGAUGGUAAAACAAUCACUCUUUAUAAUUCCGACUUCUGGCUGAGGCAGUGCAAAAUUUUAGACGACAGAAAGGUCACGAUGACUGAUACAGGCAUCUUAUUUAAUAAAUUUGGUAAGUCGGAGAUAAAUUGGGAUGAAUGGAACGAAUUCUUAGUGGAUCUAUGUGAGUUGAAAGGAAUGGAUUUAGAAAAGGCACAAGAUACUUUAACAAACUGCGGCCUUCCCGGUCAAACUCCAGUUGUAGUUCCACAAUACAGAGACUUCUUUCUUACUUACAAACCUAAGGAAAAAAUGCUAUUCUAA